AACCUUUAAUCUUAUAAUCUAAUAUUAGUUUAUUGGAAAUGUUUACUAUUUCAAAUUCUAAACCCUCUACUCCAAAACGUCUUAUGACCUCAUAUGAAGUUGAGAAGUAUAUAGAAAAAGUACAAAGUCGAUUGCAGAGCCCUUUUGAUAAAAAAACAAAAGCAUUUGGAUUCGCUCAACUCUACUAUGAUGCUAAAGAUUAUGAACUUGCAAGAAUAUAUCUAGAAGAUUUUCUUACAAUCCAAGAUCGUGAUUUCAGAGUUUAUAACCUUCUUGGUGAAACCUAUGAGGCUCUUGAUGAUUAUCAACAAGCAUUCAAUGCUUACAAAAGAUCAUUAGAACUAUGCAGCUCUCAAAAAGAUAUUCUGCUGAAAGUUGUUGUUUUAUGUUGCAAGUUUCCUAUUGAUCCUCUUCGUGCAAAGGUAUGGGCUGACAAAGGAAGUAAACUAUGUCCAGGUCAUCCAGCCGUUUUUAACCUAAAGUGGCAAUUACUUUCUCAAGAAAAGUCAAAGAAUUAUGAUGAAAUGGAACUUUUAUUGUCUGAUGAGCUGACUCGGAGGGCUCGUGAAUCAUCUUUACAUAUCAAACUUGUCAAAAUGUAUCUGGAUGCAGAGUUAUAUGAACAAGCAUUUCAACAUUGCAUAUCAGUCCAAAAAACUAGUGUUUUUGAUCAUGAAGUUGAUUGGUUAGAAUGUAUUUGUGAGACAUUUGAAGUAUAUAAAGAUAUUAAUGAUGAUCAGAAGAUAGUAUCUUUACUGCAUUAUGCUCAGUCUUUGGUUAAACUAUUACCUUUGCAUCUAAAACUGUCAGAUAUACCAUCAUGUGAAAAAGCAUUAAGAAGACUUGACAGCUUUUAUAGUGAUCUGCGAAAUACACCAAUUAGCAUAACUGAACAUGCUGUUGAACUAAAAGACUGCUUAAAUGAAGUCAGAGGUCAACUUUAUUUAUUUGGUGCUGUAUAUUUUAUGAAACUUGCAAAAGAGGAUAUACUUCCAUGGAUGCAAGCUAAUCGUAUGGCAGCAUCCUAUCUUAUGGCAAGUUGGCAAGUUAAAGCUCCUUUAAUUACUUCAAAAUUAUUUUCUCGUCAUUCUCCACUUAAAAAAUCCAGUGUACCAUAUCAUUGGUCAGUAAUGGCUUGCUAUAGACUUUCCCAAGCAGGACAUCUCAUUUUAUCAUUUGAAUCUCAAUUUGGUGAAGAAUGGUUAAAAAAUUGUAUUAAUGACUAUUGCAACAUGCAGGGUCAAAAGACAUUAGUAGAUACUUUAUACAAUAAUCAAGUAUCACAAUUGUCCCAAUCAUUUCUAGCAACAGAUGAAACAUUUCUUCAAGUGGAAGCUAAAAUUCCAGAGCCAAAUUUAUUAAUACAGUUUAAUGAAGUUGCUGUAGCUGAAAACGCGAGUGAUCUUCAUCAAAUCAUAUGGCUUGGUUUACACUGGGACAAUUUGAAUGAGCACAUUAAGCCUGGAGUUGGUGUAAUUGUGGGAAGGUUGUUUGAAGGAAUUUCACUGGAUGUAAAGAAUAUGAAAAAUUGUCAUUUCUCAAACCUUUGUUUAAGAGAUAUUGAGGCAUUUAUAUAUGCGGUGGUACGUAGCAGUAAAAGUAUUCAUUUGGAAUGUAGCAAAAAAGGAGAUGAACUAAAGUUGUUACCUGUAGAAAUAUGCCCAAAUCUUGUAACUUCUAUACAGCAAGAGUGGUGGAACGCUGCUUAUGGACUUUAUACUGGAAAAAUUGGAAACUUAUGUGCUGCCAAGUUAAAAGUUAUUUUACAAAAAGGACUUGAGACAAUACGUUGUAUGCGUGACCACAGCAUUGACCCACGUAUUUUAAUGUAUAUAUCAGUUGCAUUCUUUGAAAAGGUCGUCUCUAUUGAGUCUUCCAAAAAACAUGAGUACGAUUACCAAGACCACUGGGAGAGUUUGAAUUCUCGAGCAAUUUAUUACAUGAAAGAAGCCAUAAAAAUUUUGGAAGUUUACAAAAGCAAUCGUGUUUUACCAGCAACAGAUAAUCCACUUAUACUACCUUUGUCUGAGCCCAUUCUCCCUGAUGAUGUUGUCAACAUGUUAAAUAAAAAUUACAUUCGGCUUGCUGAUGCUAGCAUGGUUAAUAAUAAUUUAAAAGAUGCCUUGAAGUACUACAGUGAAGUGAAAAGUCUUCAUUCAAUGUACAACCAAGCACAGAUUUAUAUUCAAUUAGCAGCUCAAAGUGAUUUAGAAACUUUUGAGGGUGAAAAAGAUUAUUUAUAUUAUGUGACCAAAGCAAAAGAAAAGUUAUCUAUAUGUAUAUCUAACGCUGAUCAUUCAUCUGAGCUUAAGCAGAGUUUAAUUAAACAGCUCCAAGAUUUGCAGCUAUUAAAUGAUAAGACACCGUCAACUAAAAGAUCUUUGUUUUUGCAAUCACAUUCAAAUGCUCUAUUACCAGAAGAUGCUGAUGUUUAUUUGGAGAGUUCAAUGUUUAACACAUCCAGUUCAGAGACUUCAUCAUUUGAGAGAACUAUUCUUCAGCAGCAGCUGGAUGCCAAAGAAUCAGAAAAUCAAAGUUUAAAACAAACUCUUGCUAUGUACAAGGCACAAAUCGAUAAUAUACAAUACCAGCAGCAAAAUGUGAUUCAUGCAUAUCCAUCACCGGGUUAUAUGCCACCUCAUGUUCAUCCAAGUUUAAUUGUUCCAAGUGGUAUUCAACCUGCUUUAAUACCUUUAGGUGUAAAUAAUACACUUAAUUCAAAAAUGACUCCUAAAGUAUCUGUUAUUAGGCAAGGUAUGGUGCCUUUUACACCUCCUGCAGUUCAACCAAUGGAUUCUCAAGUUAAUUGUAAUCAAUCUUUUGUUUAUCAAAAUGCUCAACCAAUUCCAUCUAGUAUUUUGCCUCAAGUGAUUCAAACUCCAGAUGCUUAUAAUAUGCUUAAUGUGCAUUAUGCUCCACAGCAAGUGUAUAUGCCAACAGCUGCUCAUAAUAGAUCCUGUUCUGGUACAAUGACUCCUGUUGUUAGCAGUAAUGGUGUUGAUUCACAAGGUUCGGAUAUGUGGUGGGAUUCAUUUUCUCCUCAACCUUCUUUUGAAAAAGGCUACUUCUCAGGUCUUUCUGAGCAUGUCGAACAGCUUCGUGAAAAAAGUGGUGAUGUUGAAGCUCCUACCUUAAAAGAUGAUACUAGCAAGACACCUCAGGAGAAAGAAAGACCUUUAUCUGUUAAAGGAACACCAAAUACUCCUGCAUUAGAGUUAGAUGAUAUUUAUGUUGAACCUAUUGUAAAGUUAACUUCACAAAAUAAUCUUGUGACAGGAGAGGAAGGAGAAGAAGAAAAGUUUGUGCAUCGUGCAAAGCUCUAUCGUUUUGAUAAAGAUAGUAACCAAUGGAAAGAGAGAGGCAUCGGUGAGGUCAAAAUACUAUGGAAUGAUAUAACAAAAAAAGCUCGCAUAACAAUGCGCAGGGAUCAUGUUUUUCGUGUUUGUUGUAACCAUGUUAUUACACCAGAGAUGUUUUUAGAAAAAAAAGCUGGCACUCAAGCUGCAUGGUCAUGGUUUACUGCAGCAGAUGCUUCAAAUGAAGAUGUUAAACCAGAACAAUUUACUAUAAGGUUUAGAACACAAGAAAAGGCUGAUGAGUUCCAAGAGAUCUUUCUAAAAUUUCAAAAAUUAUCUGGAACAGAAAAAUUAUCUGCAACAGAAAAAUUCAUUUCAAAAGAUCCUGAUCAUAAUGUUAAAAGUAAACCAAUUCAAAUACAGUCAAAGUUUGGAAGUUGGAGUUGUAAUACAUGCUUAGUAUCAAAUCCAUCUGACGUCAAUGAAUGUCUUGCUUGUAAAACAGCUAAUCCAAAAAUUGCAUCAAGUGUUCAUUCUCAGAGUUCAGAAAAUAAAUCAACUCAAUCAACUCCAGUGUUUUCAUUUAAUGUUACUAGCAACAUUAAACUGUCACCUGAGGGAAAACCUGUCUUUGUGUUUGCAAAUAAAUCAUCUACCAAUAUCAUUAAUCCAUUUUUAUCUCAAAAAACCCCACUGAUAUCAGCUACUGAAUCUUCUUCAGAUUUCCAAUUUAAAUUAGAUCCAUCUUUUUCUGAAGAAAAAGUUGUUGAAACUAAACCAAAUCCAUUUGCAGGGUUUUCUUUUAAAUUUAAUACUGCAACGACUUCUGAAUCUACUUCUACAAAAACUAGUUCAAUAUUUUCUGGUUUCAGUUUUUCAUCAUCCACCAGUUCAAUUGUUUCAACAGGUAGUGACAUAAGUGCUCAAAAUUUUCCAAUUAUGACAUCGCUUCUGUUAAAGCAGACUUCAAAUAAACCAACAACCCCAGUUAAACCUUUAAUAGCAGGAAUGGAGAAGCUACCUGUUUUUGAAAGAGGUGUAGUAAAUAGUUCUGUUGAUCCAUCGUCAUUUUGGACUUCAGUCUCGCCACAAAAGACCUUUUUCACUGGAAAUACAACAGGUCUUGAUUCCAUUGGACAUCAAGAAGAACCAAGAGUAGAUGAUGCUGAAGGUGCUUCAUUAGAUGAACAAAAGAAUGAUGAUAGUUAUGAAGAGGAUUAUUACUAUGGUGAAGAUGUUGAACAGAUUGAUUAUUAUGACGAUGAUGGUAAUUAUUAUGAUGAAAAUGGACAGUACUAUGAUGAAGAAAAUCCCUGUGAAGAUUAUGACUAUGAUCCAGAUGAAGACUUUGGUUAUGAAAAUAAUGAGUAUGAACCUUCUCACGCAAGUAGUAGCAGGCGAGAAUCAUGGGAAAGUAAAGAAAAUGAUGAUAAUGACUUAGAGACAGAUAAUUUAAAGCCAUCUGGUUCAGAGCUUAAAGAAGUUAACAAUGGUGAAGUGCAAAUUACAUUAGAUGUAAAACCAUCAUUAGAGCACAGGGAUGAGGCAAAACGUCUGCUACUCCCUGAAACCUUUUUCUUAUAUAAAAAUCACAAGCCAUGCACUGGAUGCAGUGGAUGUGUUGGUAGUUCAUCGAAGCAUAAAGCUGAUCUAAAUAAAUGUAAAGCCAAUAUUUCUAAUGAUGAGUUCACAGUUCAGAAAGCAGAAGUAAAGAAAGAUAUUUUUGGUGGAAAGCAAGUUACUGGAAAUGCUGUCAAUUUGUUUGCUGAAUUAGCUGCAUUACCUGGAUUUAGCAGUCAAGCUUCUUCUUUCAGUGGUGCUGGUACUAAGCUUUUUGCUACAGAACAGAUUGAAAAUGAAAAUAACGAAGCAGAAAGUGAGUACGAUCCUCAUGUGGAAUCAAUUGUUCAAGUUACAAAGUUAAAAAAUAUUCAAACUGGUGAAGAAGAUGACGAGGCUUUGUUUAAGCACCGUUGUAAGCUUUAUCGCUAUGUCAGUGGACAGUGGAAAGAGAGAGGUGUGGGGGAAAUAAAACUAACAAAAAAUAUUGUUACAGGAUAUCGAAGAAUUAUUAUGAGGCGGGAAGUAAUUCAUAAGUUGUGUGCCAAUCAUGCCAUUAUGCCUAAUAUGGAGUUAAAACCACUGAUGUCUUCAGAUAAGUCAUGGGUGUGGUUUACUCCUUCUGAUUACUCUGAAGGACUUCCGCCUAUAUCAUCACAGUUUUGUGUAAAGUUUACCAGUAUCGAAAUAGCUAAUCAGUUUAAAGCAAUUUUUGAAGAAUGUCAAAAAGACAUGGUUAAUGUGCUUUCAAAUAUUGAGCUUAAAGGUGUUGAGUCUAAGAGUUUAUCAAAGAUUAAAUCUGAAAAUGAAAAUUCUUCUGAAAAUAAAACAAAAAGUGAAUCUAGUUCAAAGACAUUAGCUUUUAAGUUUUCUAUUCUCCCUGGACAGUGGGAAUGUGCUACCUGUUUAGUCCGAAAUGAGAGUAAUAAAUCUAGUUGUAUUUCUUGUGGCACUAUGAACUCUAAAAAACUUGAUUUUGGUGAAAAAUCUGAUACAAUAAUGAGCUCAUCUCACUUGCCUGAAAAUGUCUCAUUGAUCUCAUCUUCUUCAUCAGCAGUAGUAUCAACACAAAGUUUUUCUGGCUUCCAAUUUAAUGUAGCUUCUACCAUUUCUAAUAUACCCUCUACCGGUUUGAAGACUAGUUCUACGCCACCUCUGUUUUCCUUUUCAUUAAAAAAACCUGAACCACAUACUUCAAUGUCAGUUGUAUCCAGUACAUUGCAAGCUAUGUCAAGUGAUUUACCAGUGUUCAAUAAAACAAAUCUUAAUGAUUGUAACAAAUCUAUUACCCAGACUAUUGAUAAAAAUAAGCCUGCAGUUGCACAAGAGGAGCCUGCACAUGAGGAGGAAAAUGACAUAUUUGUUGAAGCUAUUGCUCAUGUUUCAAAGCUUGAUCAAUUGAUUACUGGUGAGGAAAAUGAUGAAGUUAUGUAUUCAAAUAGAUUAAAGCUUUACAGAUAUGAUUUGACAACUAAAAGUUGGAAGGAGCGUGGUAUUGGCGAGUUAAAAAUAACUAGGGAUAAAACUAAUAACAGCUGUCGCAUUGUGAUGAGAAGAGAGCAAGUUCAUAAGUUAUGUGCCAAUCAUGCUAUUACUGCUGAUAUGGAACUUAAACCACAAGGUAAAUCUAAUAAAGCAUGGGUUUGGUCUACACAAGCAGAUAUAUCAGAUGGGGAAGCUAAGUCAGGACAAUUUUGCGCUAAUUUUAAGACUUCCGAAUCAGCUACUGAUUUUAAGUUAUGUUUUGACAAAUGUAAAGUUAUUGUAUCUUCUAAAAGUACUUCAAAUAAUCAACAAAAUAUUGAAGCAAAAGUCAAAAACUUAAAGUCUAAGUUUGUCAAGGAAGGAAGUUGGAGUUGUAAUACUUGUUUAGUUUCUAAUCAGAUAUCUGCACAAUGCUGUGUUGCUUGCCAAUCUCCUAAUCCAAAUGCAAGCAGUAAUCCGUCUUCAAGUGUUGAUACUAGUUAUCAAAAACCAGAAGUUGCUUCGAAGAACAAUCUUUUUACUUUUGGUGUUUCUUCAAGUUCCACAGCAAGUUCAAGUUUUGGUGCUUCUAAUAAUCAACAAAAUAUUGAUGCAAAAAUUAAAAACCUAAAGUCUAAGUUUAAUAAGGAAAGCAAUUGGAGUUGUAGCACAUGUUUAGUUUCUAAUCAGAUAUCUGCACAAUGCUGUGUUGCUUGCCAGUCUCCUAAUCCAAAUGCAAGCAGUAAUCCAUCUUUAAACAUUGAUACUAGUUGUCAAAAAUCAGAAAGUGUUUUGAAAAACAGUCUUUUUACUUUUGGUGUUUCUUCAAGUUCCACAACAGGUUUUAGUUUUGGUGCACCUUUGAAUUCUCCGUCAGCCGGUUUUACAUUUGCACCAAAAACUAAUAUGUAUACUUUUGGUGCACCAGUCAGUAGCUCUCAAAUAAAUGAACUGCCUAUUAAACAUGAUAGUAAAUCUGUAUUUAAACAAAGUUUUGAAGCAGAUCUUAAUACUUGGGAGUGCCCAGCAUGUCUAUCUAAAAAUAAUGGCAGUCGUGAUGUUUGCAGAGAAUGUGAAUCACCUAAACAGAAGGCGCCUGUUGUUCGUUUAGACCCUGAACAAUUUUCUAAACCAAUUAAUUUUAAGCCAGAUAUUUUAGUCAAUAAAAGUGAUCAGAGUUUUGAAUUGAAAAACAACAUAUUGAUUUCACCUUUCGAUUUUUCUACACCUUCUAUUAUUGAUUCCAAAAAUAAAGCUCAUGUUGAUCAACUUUUGAUGCCCCCACCAAGAGACCUCCCUAAAAAGACUGAUAUUAAAGAAAACGAAAAGCACUCUGCAAAAAUUGACUCGUGGAUGCCUAAAGGUCUUAAUACAGAUUUUACGUUUACAUUUGGGGUAUCAUCUUCCCCAAGUCUUUCUGCUGCAAGCAGUAUUGAUGAUCUUAGGAUAAAACCUGAUUCUGAACAAGUGCAGUCUGUUUUUGGAGAUAAACCAUUUGCUUUUAAAUUUGAUGCAUCUAAGGAGCUUUCUACAAUUACUUCUAACAACCUUGCUCCAUCCAUUUCAUCCCCAAAUAAAAGUUUAGAAGUUGAGGACACAGAAUGCUCAGCAGAAUUUGCUCCACUUGUCUCUCUUUCCCAUAUAAACUAUUUAACUGGAGAAGAAGAUGAAGUUGUUAUUUUUAAUGAGCGUUCUAAGAUGUUUCGAUAUGAUGGGCAAUGGAAGGAAAGAGGAACUGGAGAUCUUAAAAUAUUACAGCAUAAAGUUAAUAAGCAGUACCGGUUGUUAUUGAGAAGGGAUCAAACUCAUAAGUUGAGUGCAAAUCAUAUGUUGGUAAAGGGAAUGGUAAUUCAACCAAUGGGAACAAGUAAAAAUGCAUAUGUUUGGAAAAGUACUUCUGAUAUUUCUGAUGGCGAAGCUACUGAACAAACAUUUGCUGCUCGUUUCAAACUAGAGGAACGGGCAAAAGAAUUUGCUGAUAUAUUUAAAUCCAUUUGUUCAAUUAACUCCUUUGAAUCAAGCGAAACUUACUCAACAUACGAAGCGAAAGUUACUCAAGACGUUAUUGUAAUAGAAUCCGGCGAUGAAAGCUGUGAACGAGAUGAACUUAAAGAUGAGGAUGUUGAAAUUACAUACGAAUCGAAAAUAGAUAAUACUUUAAUAAAUAAAGCAAAAAUGCUGCUUCUUCCAGAAACAUUUUAUAAUCAAAUAACUAAUACUAGACAAGUAAAAUUUAAUGUCACUGAGAAGAAUGACAAAGAAAGUAGCGAUUCGAAAGUGGCCGAAGCAUCUUCAGAUUUUAGCGAAUCGCACGAUUUUAACGAAUCGCACGUCUUUUUCGACCCUCAAGUUUUGUACAGUACUAGUGGUCAUUUAUUUAAACAUGUAGGUGACGAAUACCAAGAAUAUACAGAAUUAAAUAAAAUUAAUAUUGUGAAAGAAACCAGAGGUGAAACAGCCUACUAUAUAACGGUGGUUGACCCAGCGGGUAAAGAACAAUUAGUAAUGAAAAUUAUGAAAAAACAUGAACUGAAAAUGCCUAAGGAUUCCAAAAUUGUAUUCAAGUUUGACACAUGCUACGGAGAGUACGCAUUGAAAUUUCGUGAUAUGCCUGAUGCCGAAAAUUUUUUGUUUAAUUUUGAAAACGUAAAAAAGUCGAUCGAAGUAGAAGAAUUGAGCGGUGAUCAAAAAAGUCUUCAAACUGAUGUUGAUAAAAGUAAUAAUAAAGUCGAGUCAAUAUUUGGUGGUUCUUUUAAUAAAAUAUCUUUUGCGUCAUUAGCAAGUAGUGGAGAAUCUGGAUUUUCUUCUAAUCUUGGCAAGUCUUUUGUUGGUUUCGGAACAGCUCUUUUUCAAACAGUUGAUAAAACGGAUAAUCGUGAAAAUGAUAACGAAGACGAAGUCAAUAUUUAUGUGGAACCAAUUGUUCAACUCAAAUCUAUAACUGUAGAGAGUGGUGAGGAGAACGAAUGCGUUGUGUUUAAUGAACGAUGUAAACUAUAUAGAUAUGAUGAUAAAAAGUGGAAAGAAAGAGGUGUUGGUGAAAUGAAACUAUUACGUCAUACGGAAACCGGUAAAGCGCGACUAGUUAUGCGUCGAGAUCAAGUUCAUAAAGUAUGUGCAAAUCAUCUUGUAACUUCGAAUAUGCGUUUAGAACCAUUCAAGAACAAUGAUCUUACUGUCACAUGGAAUGCGUUUUCUGAUGUCAGUGACGGAUCACCAAUCGAUUGUAUUUUUGCAGUUAAGUUUAAGAACCUUGAAUUGCUGUCGUGUUUUAAAGAAAACUUUUUGGCACUUAGUGAAGGCAAAUUAUUUGAUCACAAGUCCACAAACAUUGUUUCAGAAAAUUCAGAAAACUUGCCUCAUGUACUCGGUUCAUGCGAUCCUAGUUUGAGCGAAUUUAUAAAAUCUUUAUAAACGAGAAAAAAAAAUUUUUUGAA